GGCGGGCGGCGGGCGGGGGAAGAUGGCGGAGCUGGGCAAGAAGUACUGCGUGUACUGCCUGGCCGAGGUGAGCCCGCUGCGCUUCCGCUGCACCGAGUGCCAGGACAUCGAGCUGUGCCCCGAGUGCUUCUCGGCGGGCGCCGAGAUCGGCCACCACCGGCGCUACCACGGCUACCAGCUGGUGGACGGCGGCCGCUUCACGCUCUGGGGGCCCGAGGCCGAGGGCGGCUGGACGAGCCGCGAGGAGCAGCUGCUGCUGGACGCCAUCGAGCAGUUCGGCUUCGGCAACUGGGAAGACAUGGCAGCUCACGUGGGCGCCUCCCGGACGCCACAGGAAGUGAUGGAGCACUACGUAAGCAUGUACAUCCACGGCAACCUGGGGAAGGCCUGCAUCCCCGACACCAUCCCCAACCGGGUGACUGACCACACGUGCCCCAGCGGGGGCCCCCUCUCGCCCAGCCUCACCACCCCCUUGCCUCCCCUAGACAUCUCGGUGGCCGAGCAGCAGCAGCUCGGCUACAUGCCACUGCGGGACGACUAUGAGAUCGAGUAUGACCAGGACGCCGAGGCGCUCAUCAGUGGACUCUCCGUCAACUAUGACGAUGACGACGUGGAAAUCGAACUCAAGCGUGCUCAUGUGGACAUGUACGUGCGGAAGCUGCGGGAGCGGCAGCGGCGCAAGAAUAUUGCCCGCGACUACAACCUGGUGCCCGCUUUCCUGGGCAAAGACAAGAAGGAGAAGGAGAAGGUGCCCAAGCGCAAGAUCGGAAAGGAAGAGAAGGAGCUGCGGCUCAAGCUACGGCCGCUCUACCAGUUCAUGUCGUGCAAGGAGUUCGACGACCUGUUCGAGAACAUGCACAAGGAGAAGAUGUUGCGCGCCAAGAUUCGGGAGCUGCAGAGGUACCGGCGCAACGGGAUCACCAAGAUGGAGGAGUCAGCCGAGUAUGAGGCAGCCAGGCACAAGCGGGAGAAGAGGAAGGAAAACAAAAACAGUGGUGGCUCCAAGCGUGGCAAGGAGGAUGGCAAGGACGGCGAGUUCGCUGCCAUCGAGAACCUUCCAGGCUUCGAGCUCUUGUCAGAUCGAGAGAAGGUGCUGUGCAACUCCCUGAACCUGAGCCCUGCCCGCUAUGUGACUGUGAAGACCAUCAUCAUCAAAGACCACCUCCAGAAGCGCCAGGGCAUCCCCUCCAAAAGCCGCCUUCCCAGCUAUCUAGACAAAGUCCUGAAGAAAAGGGUGUUGACCUUCCUGACAGAGAGCGGCUGGAUUUCCAGGGAUGCUUCCUAGGCUGGGGUGCAGGGCUGCCUACCACCUGCCACCCGCCACGCCGGCAUGAGGAGCCUCUUUGUCCCAGACGGGUUCUUCCAGGGCCUGCCAGUAGGAAGGCAGGGAUCUGGCCUAUGGUUAUUGUCCCGGGGGCUGGUGCAGGGUCUUGCCCUGACAGCGUGCUGGGGAGGCUUCUAGGGGACUGGCCCUCCCUUGUAAAGGAGCACUUGCUCUAUAUAGGACUGCUGUGAUGAGGGGUUGGUUUCCUUCUUGCUGGGCUGCCAGCGCUUGCUUUCCCCAGGACAUGGCACCCUGGAGGGGCCUGGCCCCCUCUCCCCCGCACGUGGCACUUUAGAUGGGGCAGGGCCUGGGGGAGGUCUGAGGAGUGGAGAGCAAGAGCUCAGUGAACAGUGUCCCUGCAAGCUUCCCCGAAUCCCCAGGCAGUGACCCUCUGAGCCUGUAGCUCCCAGCCCCAGGCAGACCUGCCAGCUCCCUCCACACCUUGAAGAGUGCUUUGGGGAGCCCCCCGCUAGGAGAGUGGGGUAGGACUGCAGAAUCUGAGCCAGCUUUGCGGGGGGUGGGGCUGCUCCCCAUACCCACACCUCUUCCUUAGAGGAACUGCUUUAGUUUCUGGGACCCUCCCUCACUGGCUGCAGUACCUUAAGUACCUUUCUCAGUGAAACUGACUGGUCCAGCCCCGCUCCCCGUGUGCGGCCACACUGGGCCAUCUGACAGCAGGUCUGGCCCCACGUCAGGGUUUUUUGGGGCCCACUCCCACGGACGUACACGGUACCUUCCUUAAGGAUCUUGAGGAGGCCCCUUGUCUUCCGGCUGCUCAGGGCUCUGUCCAAGACCCUUUUUAGAGUGGGAGUGACUAUGGGCACCCCCACUCCCCAGGGGCUCCCUCCUUCCCCCCCAUCCCUGACUGUUUACUUCCCAGAAUGUUUGGGCUUGAAGUUACAUUAAAGUUAUUUGAAAGAAAGACCUCAUUUCCAAGGACUUCCUUAAUUCUUAAUUAUGGUGCCUUUUCCUUUUUUACACCCUCCUCUCCCCUAGGCAGAGUAUUCAGCAUUAACCAGAACAUUUCAGAGCCCUCAGAACCCUCGCUCAAAGCUCCCUCUGGGUCCCUGGCAGCCAGAGGCUGCCUCCGUUUGUCCCCUGCAGCGACUGCAACUGAGACUCUUGUCCAUCACUAGCCCAUAGCCGGUGCUGUUUUAUGGGUAUCUGGCCACUGCUUCCUCUUGGGCUUUCUGAACAGCCAGCAACGUCCCCAGAAAUCUGCUUGCCAGGGGCCUUAUGUACCCUAGACCUCCGGCUUCAGCUAUGCCGGUGUCUCCACUGACUCCCAACAGAAUCUUAGUUUGAUGAGGUUUUAAAUUGUUUUAUUUUUAUAUAAAAUGAUUUAAGAGUUUGGAAACACAAGAUCUCCGUCCCUGCGCAAGCCAGGCUGUGGUGUCCGAUGAGGCAUCAGAUUGUCCUUUGGAAGGUCUGAAGACUCCAGGUGUGACAGACUCAGCCUCAGGGAUCAAGGGACAAUCACCUGGGCCACUUGCCUCUCGCCCACCCGCUCCAGCUGUUCCUGUCCCUAAGCUGAGUGCAGAGCCUUCCUGUAUCUCAUGAGAAAUUGGUUUCAAGCCCACACAAUUAGGAUUCAAAAUUUAUACUCUUGACUUGCAAAAGUACAAAAGCUAAUGCUGUGAUGGCCAACAAUCCAAUCCAAUGAUGUGUGAAACCUGAACUCUGGCUCCUGUUUUGAUUUUCCUGUUGCACAUUAAACCAGUUGGGAAUGAG